UGACGGCUGGCGGCUCGCUCGACAGCACGUCUGAGAUUGCCCGACUCGAGCACGAGCUGCAUGGGUGCAAGCUGGCGCAGAUGGAGCUGCAUGAAAAGUAUGUGGGCGCGCAGCAGGAGAAGAACGACCUGAUGAUCAAGCUUGUGGCGGCGCGUGAGGCGUCGGCCAAGCUCGAGGUCGAGCUGGCGGAUCUGCACCAGCGGGCGGCCGAGGCCGAGAGCCGGGCGACGCGGCUCGAGUCGUCGCUGCGUGCGGUGCAGGCGGCGUCGGCUCACGACGAAGCCGCGGUGAUGGCUGCGGCGAUUGCGCAGAACGCGCUCGAGACGAUGAAGGCUGUGGCGUCGACCGGUGGCAAGCUGUCGGUCGGCGUCGAGGCGCUCGAGCGCAUUGCCGGCGUCGGCGGGAGCGGGAGCGGCAAGGCACCGCUCUCGCCUGUGCGCGCUGCAGGAGGCGCCGACCUCGAGCUGCAGAACGCGUCGUGGAAGUCCAAGGCCGACAAUCUGACGCAGGAGCUCCAGGUGCUGCAGGCCGAGCUCCGUAAGCACCUCUCGGACUUGCGCGGCGAUCUGGUGACGACCCAGACGCGGACGACGACGACGACCGACGCGUCGGUGGUUGUGGUUGAGAACCGGUUCCAGCGGUCGGGUGAGGACGAGGCGGCGCGAGCCGAGAAGCGUCGGGCCAAGGAGGCCGAGCGCGCGCGGAUCGAGGCCGGCAUGCUGGCUGACGAGGCCGACAUUGCGGCGCAGCGUGCGCAGCUCGAGGCGCUCAUCCGCAAGACCGAGGCUGCCACCUCGGGCUCGGGUGCCGGCCGCGAGUACGGUACGUCGUCGGCAGUCGGUUCGCCGGUGCCGUCGCCGCUUCGGGCGCGGGCUGAGGUCGCGUCGCCGGUGUACAACUCGCCGGCUGGUGCCGGCUCGGCGUCGGGCUCGAUCCCGCUGCAGGUGACCGGCGAUCUUGUCGAGGGCUCGCUCUUGGUUGCCUCGCCCCAGGCUGUGCACGGCGCAAGCGGGUUCCGCUACUCGUGGCGUCGCCGGCCGCUUGCCGAGGCGCACUCGGUCAAGAUCGACCACGCCGGUCCGCAGUACACGCUGGUCCUUGCCGACGUCGACUGCGUGCUCGAGGCGACGGCGACGCCUGUCGACGGUGCAGGCAACGCUGUGGGCGAGAAGCAGAAGGUCCGGUUCGGCCCGGUCGAGCCUGCGCCGCCGCAGUUCUUCGAGUGGCGGCUCCUGGGCCAGCCGCUCAACACGACGCGGUUCGAGUUUGAAGGCGCGUACUACGGCGGCUACGCCGGUAUGCACGAGUACGUGUGGUUCAAGUCGUUUGACGGCGUCAACUGGACCGUUCUCCCCUACCCGAACGGGCCGAGCUACCAGGCGACGGCAGACGACGUCAACGGGUACAUUCGCUGCGAGGUGGUGCCUGUCCGCGAGGACGGCGCCCGCGGCUCGCUCGUCGGAGCGCAGUCGGCGCAGAUCCUCAUGGAUCCCGACGUCGAGGCUGCGGUUGACGACCGGUAUGCUGCGGGCGUGGCCGCCUUUGAGGUCACCAUGGCUGACUCGUUUGAGCGUGGCAAGCUGACGUUCAAGAAGAACAAGUUUACCCUCAAGACCUCGUCCGAGAGCUACACGUACGCAUACGCACCCGACGGCGGCAUCAAGCUUAACCCGCGCGAGGACCAGCAGUUCCAGCUCCUGCUCAACCGCGACGAGGGCUUUACGCUCAAUGCCGUGCCCGCCACCUCGCGCCAGCGCGACAUCAUCGCCUUUACCCACUUUAGGUAUGCUCGCCGCGCGCUGCAGGAGAACUACGCCGACCGCGACUGGGGCCAGCCGUCGCUCUCGUCGGCGUCGCUCCUCUCAACCAAGGCGUCGUCGGCGGUCGGCUCCGAGGCUGUGGCCGACAUGCCGGAGCCCGAGCCGGUCCUUGCUGGUGAUGGCGAGUCGUCGUCGCGCAAGCACCGCAAGAAGAAGCGCCGCCACCACUCGCGCCACUCGUCGUCGACCAAGGAGGCCGAGCCGGCGACUGGCGCAUCGGACAAGUACCAGCGCCACUACGAGAACCUCGACGAGGCUCGCGCCCGCCACGCCGAGCGCAAGGCCAACAUGUCACCGGCUGAGUUUGCCGAGUGGCGCAAGACCCGCCACGAGUACAUCAAGUCGACCCUCACGCCCGACGAGUACGAGGCAUGGAAGGAGGACCACCGGCUGGUGACCUCGAUCAAGGACGCGCUCGGCAACUCGAUCAAGGAUGCCGGUGAAGACGAGGCCGACAUCAAGGCUUCGGUCGCCGCCAUGAAGGCCUCCAUGCCGCCCGAGGAGUACGCCGCCGCCCGCGAGCAGGCCAAGGAGCGCUCGCUCAAGUCGAUUUCGUCCUCUCUCAACGACUCGCGCAAGCACAAGCACAAGCGCCGCCGCAAGAGCAAGAAGCACUCGUCGUCCAAGCCGCAGGCCGAUGACGCAGCCCCGACCCCCACCUCGGACGACGCCGUUGUCGCGCCCAAGAAGAAGCACACCAAGAAGAAGCGCCGCCAUCGCCACCAUGACGCGAAUGCUGACGCUGACGCUGACGCUGACGCUGACGCGAAUGCUGAUGCCAUCGUUGACAAGCCGUCGUCGUCGGCUGCCGACCAGCCGCCGGCAGAGUCGACCAAGAAGCGCAAGAAGAAGCACCGCCAUCACGCCGAUGCCGACUCGGCCGCCUCGCCGGCCGCCGUCGCCGACUCCACCGACGCUGCCGACGCCGAGACCUCGAAGAAGCGCAAGAAGAAGAAGAAGCACCGCCAGCCCGAAGCAGUCGCCGCUGCUGCCGACGCCGACACCGACGCCGACGAGCUCGAGCCCGACUCGGACUUUGCCGGCAUGGAGACGAUGACCACAACGACUGAGUCGCGCAAGUCGCGCAAAAAGUCCAAGUCCAAGUCCAAGUCCAAGGGCAAGUCCAAGGGCAAGUCGAAGAAGAGCAAGCGCGAGAAGGAGCCGUGGGAGUACAAGAAGAAGGAGGAUCUCACGCCUGAGGAGCUGGAGCUUCGCCAGGAGCAGAAGCGCAAGAAGCUCGCUCACCUCCGGAAGACCCUCGGCAAGGAGGAGUACCGCCGUCGUGUCAAGGCCCACAAUGAGGAGCGCCGUCGUAAGAAGGCUGCUGCCGCCGCCCAGUAAACCCAUAUCUCCCCCCCCC